CCUCAUUUUUCUGCCGGUACAACAAUUUUUUUUUGAGACCAAAACAGCACAAAAAAGUUCGAAUCAACACACGAAAAACUAACCAUAUUGAAUCUCUGCUUUUUACAAGACAGAAAUGUUGCAAACAGAAUCUGGAUCUGAACAUUCGUCAGUCGACGCUACUGAAGUGAAGACUACAAAAGCCAAGGUGUCUCAGGAAAUCAAAGGCACCACCAAAAUGAAUUCAUCCAAUACUACCGCAACCUCCUCAUCCAAAUCUCUCGAGUGGGAAGAAGUCAAAAAGGCCCGCAACCGCAUCAAUUCACAACGGACAAGAGAACGAGAGCGAUCCCAAAUUAAGAACUUGGAAGCGGAACGAGCACGCCUGUGGCUUUCGAAUGACGCCAUCAAGUUUCAGAACCGUCACUUUCGAGAAAUAAUUGGUCAAAUUGUAAAAAUUAACGAAAUGAAGCGAUUGAGGGCAAGCGGCUCAGCCUCAUCGUCGUCCGCCCUUUUUGGAGCUGCAGCUCUUGGAGGGGGAAUUCCCAUGUCUAUGCGUCAGGAUAUGAUGGGCGGCCAUGGAGGAGGCUUGGAUGGAGAUUUGUUCCAAUCUUCUAGAAUCUCAGCCUCGGCGACAAAACUCACCAAAUUGUCCGAUGCAGACUUAUUAGCGAGGCGCAAGGUGAACGCGCUUGAGAUGCAAAAGAUGAUGCGCCAACAACAAGCAAUUGAACGCCUCGGAGUUGGAGGAGGUGUUGGAAUGGGAGGAUUCAACAUGGCACUCAAUGGUAGGAUGGGUGGUGGGUCUGCUGGAGGUAUGGGAGUUUCAUCCGGUAUGAGCAUUAACGGAAUUAACUUAAAUGCACAAUAUUCCGAUGUGCCCGAUAACCUUCGGAUCCGGCAACUCAUGUUGCAACAUUCUAAUGCAUCUGGCGACAUCGAACCCAAGCGGCUUCUUUCGUCGAUAGGAAAUACUGACGCGUUUAGUAGCAACAACGGUCUCGGUGGUAAUAUCGGAGAAGAUUCUAGAAACACCAAUGGGAAUGGUAUUUCGCUUGGUGCUGCUAUCGGCGGAAUAGGAGGUAUUGGGGACCUUGGUGGAAUUAGCGAUGCGGAAAUCUUACAAAUGAGCAAGCGGCAAAAGUUUGGUUUUUAGAUUAAUAGUUUUCGAUGAAAACACUGUU